GUUGGUGAUUCAUGUCAUUCAUGUAAGAGAGGCGAGCUCUCGCAUGUCCUACGUUCAUCUCAGAAAAGUCAGACUCCGCUAUUAUUUCAGUGUUAUGCCUCCUCUUCCAGGCGCAGAGCUGGUCCACACACCUGUCCAGCUGUACCGUUACCUUUUACGAUGCUGUAAACUCUUGCCGUCAACAGCCAUGCAACAGCAUUAUCGCCAUGCAGUAAGACAAAGUUUUAACAGCCACGCGGAUGAAGACGACGCAGAACGGGUACAGCUCAUGAUCAAACGAGGCAUCGCAGAUGCAGACUGGAUUCUGGACAAGUACACCAAGAAGAAGUGACCUUUGAUAUCAGUGGAAGAAGAGAUGGAUUCAGGACAGUCCACUAUGGCGAUUUGCACAGAUGUUGAACCAUACCAGCCAAAGAGGGAUACAGGCAAUAUCCCUCCAUUGCUUCUUUUUAUUGUGUGUUAGGUGGGUUCAAUCCAACAUGCACACAAAAAGCAUACGCACAAUUGUAUGUUACCAUAGCCAUUCAGACAUUACUGUAUGUACUAGUGUGAAUUGUUGAUAUGUUAAAUUGUAUGUUGUGUAUGCAUUUCGUAGGUUGUAGUGUGUAUAUUGUUUGUGCAAAUAAAUACCAUUAUUUACUCCUUGAAAAUAAAAGUCAAGUUGUAAUUGGGGGGUGUCUUAGACCCUAUAGGGUUAAGCCAGCAAUUAAAAAAAAAAAAAAACUUCA